AUGUUAAUAGCAACUUGGUACGAAGUUCCAGCCUACAGAACCAACGACAUAACCAUAACUAAUACAUUACAAGCUGUUUUACUGACGGAUGGUGCACAGUCUUUUGUGAUUUAUAAUUACAAAGAGAUAAGAUGGGCAGCGGCAGGACGCCAGCCGUAUGCACAGGUUGGAUACAAUGCUGGCAAUGGUGACACCUACCACAGUGUAGCUGGAUCACUGACAGAUGACAUUGUGAACAUCGACGAGCGUACCAAUAUCGGCACAAGAGGCCGCUGGCUCUUCAGCUUAACCCACAGCUUGAUCCUUGGUUGCCCUGACGACGUCAUACUUCCUACAAGAUCGACCAAUCCGGUUCUUUAUUCAUGGAUCCCUCCAGUCUUCCUAAAUAAUAGAGGGCCUGUUGAUGUGGAGUUUGAUUGCUCAGCAACCAUUGACAGUGAUUGUCAACAACAAGAUGGAUACGGAACUUUCUCAGUUGGAGAUACGGAGGUGAUGUACUUUGGAACAGACACAUCUGGAAAUCAGUAUUUCUGUAACUUCACUGUCACAGUCACAGAGGUUGAUCUAGUCUGCCCGUUGAAUGUGACGAUCUCAACUGAUCCUGGCUCGAGUACAGCCAGAGUCAACUGGCAAGAACCAGAUCUAACCGGAUGGGACGAGACAAACUUUACAAAGACCGCCGUUUCAAGAGAGGCGUUUCCAAUUGGUUCACAGAGAGUGACAUAUCAGCAGUGGUUUGGAAUCAACAAUCUGGUUCUGACAUGCUCUUUUGAAGUUGACGUUGUUGAUGACGAGCCUCCUGGUAUCAAUGGCUGCCCUGAUGAUGCGAUAAUUCCUGCCGCGUCAACCAUUCCGGUACCUCACUCAUGGGUCCCUCCAGUCUUCUCGGAUAACUCUGGUCAGUCUGUUGAUGUGGAGUUUGGUUGCUCAGCAACUGUCUCCAAUGAAUGUCAUCAAGAUGGAUACGGAACUUUCUCAGUUGGAGAUACCAAGGUGAUGUACAAUGGAACAGACACGUCUGUGAAUCACAACUUCUGUAACUUCACCGUCACAAUCACAGUGGUAGAUCUGGUUUGCCCAACAACCUUUUCAGUCGUGGCGGAUCCUGGGCUCACUUUGACUAGAGUCAACUGGUUGGAACCGGAUCUUACUGGCUGGGACGAGACAAACCUUACAUCAACUGCCGUUUCUGGGGGUGAAUUUUCUAUUGGUAAACAGAGAGUGACGUACCAUCAAUGGUUUGGAAUGUACAAUCUGGUCUUGCAGUGUUCUUUAGAAUUUCUUGUGGUUGGUCAGUGUGCACCAGAAGUCACCGAAGAUGCGGUGCUUGGUACCUUGUUCUGGCCGGUGACGAUGGCUGGUUUAACUGCAGAGUCCAUCGAGAGAUGCCCGCUCACUACGACGAAUGCUGGAUUUCCAAGAGCCACAAGAAACUGUUCAACAGCACCUCCCCCUCAGUAUUUCUAUUGGAAGGAACACGUGAUUCAAAGCUGCGGUGAAGCAAUGAAGACUGUUACCGUUGAAGAUAUCGUUGAUGUUGAUGUGACGGAAGGAAAUGCAGAAGAAGUAGCCGAGUUUCUUGUCAAUCAGACUUCUUCAAAUUCUUCAUCCAGCGAAAGUGACGUGGAAGCGAUUUCACAGAUUUUGGAAAACAUUGUCAGUGCAGGAUCUGGGGAUCCAGAGGUGACUGAUGCCGUGAUCGAGACAGUCUCUAAUGUCAUCAUGAACGCCAAAGAGACGCAAGAUUCCCCGGACAGUAGGAGCUCCUCGGCCAUCAUCCAGUCAGUAGAGGCUCAAGUUUCCCUGACCCUUCAGCAAGAAGGAAAGGUCAGCAUACAACAGGAUACCAUCCAUGUCGAGGCAGUGAGUAUUGACCCCAUAGACGCAAGUAAUGGGUUCAGCUUUGCAUCAGUACAACAGGAGACAGCUGGCUCGAGGUCACCACAAGAGGGCUCUCUAGAUGGGACUGAGAUCAAAACAUUCACGAAUGCCAGUGAAAUACCAAAUGAUGUUGUUGCAUCGAUUAAGUUACCAGCGAACAUCAUGUACUUGCUACGACAAGCAGGUAACAGCACAACAUCACUACAAGCAAGUUUUAUAGUCUACGCUGACGACACGUUGUUCCAGACUGGAGUUAUGGAAGGUUCAAAUGGCACAAACAACGUGACAACAAAAGUCGCUGGGUCCAUCGUUUCACUGUCAGUAGAAGGUGUCAAGUUAAAAAACCUCACUGAUCCAGUGGUCAUUGACUUCAAGAUUCUACCCAGUGUAUCCCAAGAAGACAUCGACACAAUCAAAUGUGUGUUCUGGGAAUUUGGUGAGGAGUCCAGUUUCUGGUCCACAGAGGGCUGCCAGCUUGCUGAGAUGACCGAUGACAAAGUGUCAUGUGAUUGUGACCAUGCUACUAACUUCGCCAUACUUGUGUUAAAGAUCUAUGGAUGUGUGGUGUGGACGUACAUUGGAUCGGUCACCAAAGGACCAAGGUAA